AUGCUGCGCCUGGGGCUGUGCGCGGCCGCGCUGCUGUGUGUGUGCCAGCCGGGCGCUGUGUAUGCUGACUGCUGGCUCAUUGAGGGAGACAAGGGCUACGUGUGGCUGGCCAUCUGCAGCCAGAACCAGCCACCCUAUGAGACCAUCCCCCAGCACAUCAACAGCACUGUGCACGACCUGCGGCUCAAUGAGAACAAGCUCAAGGCUGUCCUCUACUCCUCGCUCAAUCGCUUCGGGAACCUAACGGACCUCAACCUCACCAAGAACGAGAUCUCCUACAUCGAGGACGGUGCCUUCCUGGGCCAGACGAGCCUGCAGGUCCUUCAACUGGGCUACAACCGGCUCAGCAACCUGACGGAGGGCAUGCUGCGUGGCAUGAGCCGCCUGCAGUUCCUCUUUGUCCAGCACAACCUCAUCGAGGUGGUGACGCCCACCGCCUUCUCAGAGUGCCCCAGCCUCAUCAGCAUCGACCUGUCCUCCAACCGCCUCAGCCGUCUUGAUGGCUCCACCUUUGCCAGCCUCGCCAGCCUCAUGGUGUGCGAGCUGGCCGGCAACCCCUUCAACUGUGAGUGUGACCUCUUCGGCUUCCUCGCCUGGCUCGUGGUCUUCAACAACGUCACCAAGAACUACGACCGCCUGCAGUGUGAGUCACCGAGGGAGUUCGCUGGUUACCCAUUGCUUGUGCCCCGACCUUACCAUAGCCUCAACGCCAUCACCGUCCUGCAGGCCAAGUGCCGCAAUGGCUCGAUGCCUGCCCGGCCCGUGAGUCACCCUACACCCUACUCCACGGAUGCCCAGAGGGAGCCUGACGAGAACUCAGGCUUCAAUCCUGACGAGAUCCUCUCGGUGGAGCCGCCGGCCUCAUCUACCACAGAUGCGUCUGCGGGACCUGCCAUCAAGCUGCACCAGGUCACCUUCACCUCAGCCACCCUGGUUGUCAUCAUUCCGCACCCUUACAGCAAGAUGUACGUGCUGGUCCAGUACAACAACAGCUACUUCUCCGACGUCAUGACACUCAAGAACAAGAAGGAGAUCGUGACGCUGGACAAGCUGCGGGCGCACACCGAGUACACCUUCUGUGUCACCUCGCUACGUAACAGCCGCCGCUUCAACCACACCUGCCUGACCUUCACCACGAGGGACCCUGUGCCCGGGGACCUGGCCCCCAGCACCUCCACCACCACGCACUACAUCAUGACCAUCCUGGGCUGCCUGUUUGGCAUGGUCAUUGUGCUGGGGGCCGUCUACUACUGCCUGCGCAAGCGGCGCAUGCAAGAGGAGAAGCAGAAGUCCGUCAAUGUCAAGAAGACUAUCUUGGAGAUGCGCUAUGGUGCCGAUGUGGAUGCCGGUUCCAUGGUGCACGCCGCCCAGAAGUUGGUCGAGCCUCCUGUACUGCCUGUGGCCCGCAUGUCCUCGAUUCCCUCCAUAAUCGGGGAGAAGCUGCCGGCCUCCAAGGGGCUGGAGGCGGGGCUAGACACGCCCAAGGUUGCUACCAAAGGCAACUAUAUCGAGGUGCGCACAGGUGCUGCAGGGGACGGCCUGGCCCGGCCCGAGGAAGAGCUCCCAGACAUCGAAAACGGCCAGGGCUCGGCUGCAGAGAUCUCCACCAUUGCCAAGGAAGUGGACAAGGUCAACCAGAUCAUUAACAACUGUAUCGAUGCCCUCAAGCUAGACUCGGCCUCUUUCCUAGGGGGUGGCAGUGGGGGCGGGGACUCUGAGCUGGCCUUCGAGUGCCAGUCCCUCCCUGCAGCUACUGCCGCCUCCUCAGCUGCCACCCCUGGGGCGCUAGAGCUGCCCAGCUUCCUGUCACCCCCCUUCAAGGAGAGUUCCCACCACCCGCUACAGCGCCAGCUGAGCGCGGAUGCUGCGGUAACCCGCAAGACCUGCAGUGUGUCAUCCAGUGGUUCCAUCAAGAGCGCCAAGGUCUUCAGCCUGGACGUGCCAGACCAUCCAACCCCCACCGGGCUGGCCAAGGGCGACUCCAAGUACAUAGAGAAAGGCAGCCCCCUCAACAGCCCGCUGGACCGGCUUCCACUGGUGCCCACAAGCAGCAGUGGUAGCAGUGGUGGUGGUGGUGGUGGUAGUGUUGGUGGUGGUGGUGGUGGUGGUGGCAUUCACCACCUGGAGGUGAAGCCGGCCUACCACUGCAGCGAACACCGGCACAGCUUCCCUGCUCUCUACUAUGAGGAGGGCACCGACAGCCUGAGCCAGCGCGUGUCCUUCCUCAAGCCACUGACCCGUUCCAAGCGCGACUCCGCCUAUUCGCAGCUCUCCCCAAGACAUUACUACUCAGGGUAUUCCUCCAGCCCUGAGUACUCGUCUGAGAGCACACAUAAGAUCUGGGAGCGCUUCCGGCCCUACAAGAAGCACCACCGCGAGGAGGUGUACAUGGCUGCCGGCCACGCCCUGCGCAAGAAGGUCCAGUUCGCCAAGGAUGAGGACCUGCAUGACAUCCUUGAUUACUGGAAGGGGGUCUCAGCCCAGCAGAAGCUGUGA